UUGCAGGUGAAGCGUAUUCAGUCGGUUCCGUUGGUCAUCGGUCAGUUCUUGGAAGCUGUAGAUCAGGAUCAUGCUAUUGUUGGCAGCACAACAGGUUCGAACUACUACGUUCGCGUGCUUUCAAUAUUGGAUCGCGAACUUCUGAAGCCUGGCUGCUCAGUUGCCUUGCAUAAAUAUUCCAAUGCACUCGUCGACGUUUUACCUCCAGAGGCCGACAGUUCGAUUCAGAUGUUGCGUCCUGAUGAGAAACCGGAUGUUUCUUACGCAGAUAUCGGAGGCCUUGAUAUGCAGAAGCAGGAGGUACGCGAGGCUGUUGAAUUGCCGCUCACUCACGGCGAACUCUACAAGCAGAUUGGUAUUGACCCACCACGUGGAGUUCUCAUGUAUGGUCCUCCUGGGUGCGGAAAAACUAUGCUCGCCAAAGCAGUUGCUGCAAAUACAGCUGCAUCUUUCAUAAGAGUCGUUGGAUCAGAGUUUGUUCAGAAAUACCUCGGAGAAGGUCCUCGAAUGGUGCGUGACGUGUUUCGUCUAGCCAAAGAGAAUGCUCCAUCUAUAAUCUUUAUUGAUGAAAUAGAUGCUAUUGCGACGAAACGAUUUGAUGCGCAGACUGGAGCGGAUAGAGAGGUUCAAAGAAUUCUCCUUGAGCUUCUAAAUCAAAUGGACGGCUUCGAUCAAAGUACUAACGUUAAGGUGAUAAUGGCUACAAACAGACACGAUACGCUAGAUCCUGCUCUGUUGCGACCCGGAAGACUUGACAGGAAGAUCGAAUUCCCGCUUCCAGAUCGACGUCAGAAGCGCCUUGUGUUUACUACGAUAACUUCAAGAAUGAACCUGUCAGAUGACGUCGAUCUUGAAGACUACGUCGCAAGACCGGAUAAGAUAUCUGGAGCUGAUAUCAACGCCAUUUGUCAAGAGGCUGGUAUGCAUGCAGUAAGGGAAAACCGCUACGUCGUACUUACGAAAGAUUUUGAGAAAGCUUACAAAAAUGUGAUCAAGAAGGAUCAGAACGAUUUCGAAUUCUACAAGUAA